UGCUUACAGCCCCAUACAAACCAGUUUUAUUGUUAUAACUUGUGCUUUCAGUGGCGUCACGCUCCCCUGGGACCAUUAGCUCCAUAUUAGGUCCUUCCCUACAUUGCUGGCAGCUUUGAUAAUCACAGCUCAGGAACUCCUGGAACUGGAUCUAGACAGCGCUGAAGCAGCCAGGCUGGCAGCAGGCUGUGCUUCCCUUGAAGAGCCCUCCCGUAACACACAGCUACAGACUCCUACAGCUGAAGAUACAAGUGUUUUGAUUUUUACCUCUUCAGGGAGUAUCAUCGGACAUGGAUGGUUUCCAAACAAUCCUGAAAUUCUUUAUAAACCGGAGAACUGCUAUUGGUUACAGUUUUAUGGCUCUGCUGACACUGGGAAGUGAACGUGUAUUUUCUCUUGUUGCUUUCAGAUGUCCCUGCAGCAAUGAAAACUUCAGGUAUGGUUUAGUAUUUCUCUUCUCCCCAGCUUUUGUUUUGCUGGUCAUUGGAUAUUUCUUGAACAGCAAGACCUGGAAGCUCUUCACAGGCUGCUGGGUGAACCCCAGAAAAAUAUUUCCCAAAGGGAAUAUCUGUCAUUUCUUCUACAUCUUUGGACAGAUCACUUUAAAUGCUCUGGUAGCCCCAGUGAUGUGGCUUUCUGUGGCUUUGCUCAAUGGGACUUUUUAUGAAUGUGCCAUGAGUGGCUUGAGAAAUCCUGCCUACUUAGAUUCCAUUUGCCGCAACAAAUCUGUGAAGUGCUUUGAGGAGCUGCACAAGGUGGCCUGUGGCAAAAGCACCAUGCCCUUUUCAGAGAGCGAGGAACUCAAGCUAACUCUUCAGGCACAGUCACAGAUUUUAGGCUGGUGUGUGAUAGUGACUAUGGCCGUUCUCUCCCUGCUAACCACUUGCUGUUCCAGCUGCCAGUCAAAAGUCAGCCACCUCCAGCUGAUGUUCUGGAGGGUGUAUGCCGAGAAGGAGAAGGAGCAACUGGAGCAGACUUUCCAGCUGUAUGCCACCAAGCUGAGUGAGCGAAACCUGAAGUGCUUUUUUGAGAACAAGAAACCAGAGGUUAUUCCCCUGCCAGCUUUUCAGGCAUGGGAAGAUGCUUCCCAGAUCUAUUCUUUCAGCAGUAGCAAACAGCAUUACAGCACAAUUCACAGGCUAGUUGAAGAAGGCGAGAAAGAAAUCAAUGAGGAAAGAGAGACAACACUAGACUUUGUAGACAGAAGGGAAAUACCAUAGAUCACAUAUAUAUUUUCAGCCUUUUUAUAUCUUGCUAAUAUAGCAUACUUCCAGCUGAUUUAAUCUAUAUUUUUUCACAAUGGUCUCUUUCUUCUUGAUCACUUUCCCUCCCAGUUUUAUAUUUAUGUCUUUUUAAAUUACUUCUGCACAACAGUGAAAAGACUGUAGUCCUCACUGGCACUUAAGGCUCAUGCUCUGCUAAUGUUACCGGCUCCAGAACAAAAGCCAAGAGUAAAAAGGAUUGAAUAGUGACUUGUGGGAGGGUUUAAUCAAUAUCCUAUGUAAAAGGCCUUACAGCACACUUGUCCUAUGUAAAUCAAAAGACUGUCAUAAAGUAAUACAAUUCAAAAUGUGUGUAUAAAAUAAUAGAAGAUGUGUGGCUUUCUGACAGUCCCCAGAAAGUAAAGGUAUUCCUUCCAGGGCACUUUCAGGUACAGCAUUUUUUUUUUUUUUUUUUUUAUGUGGCACCAAGGCACUUGGUCACUCAAUGCAUCCCAAUGUCUUUGAUCUCCUGUUGCACCUAAAAUACCAUGGAUGGCCUCAUUGUUCAGCUCUGGCCUUCUUGUCCCUGAGAUACCUUUCUGAGACAUGGAGGAGCAACCUCACUUGACAAUGAGGUGCCAGGUAAUUUCUUGGACAAAUCUUACAGUCAAAGUGUUGGGUACCAAGAA